UUAAAAUAGCGGAAAGUGAUGACGUUUUACACAUCGUUCACAAUCUUCAAUGAAUGUUGACAGACUAAGGAUAAUUAGUUUGUUCUUUCGACAAAAUCUACCCUUCAUUGAAAACAACACUUCAGAGUUCUUUCUAGCUAUGAUUAUACAUGAAAAAGUGAUAUAGUGUAUGAGCAUAUUCCUAUUUGAGAGAAUACAAAGUCUGGUGUUGAUUUGUGAUAGCUUUCAGUCAAACAUUCUGCCAUGGUGCACUAAGAGUCUCUAGCCUCAAACAACUUCUCAACAUAUACAGGAUGAGUAACAAUCCUAACCAUUCGUCACAGUAUGUGACAGUAGAAGUGGGUGAUUCCACGUUCACUAUUCUAAAACGUUACCAGAAUCUCAGGCCUAUUGGCUCAGGUGCUCAGGGAAUUGUCUGUGCUGCGUAUGACAGUGUUACAGACACAAAUGUUGCAAUAAAGAAAUUAAGUCGGCCAUUCCAGAAUGUAACACAUGCAAAACGUGCUUAUAGAGAAUUUGUCUUGAUGAAGUUAGUGAAUCAUAAAAAUAUUAUUGGUUUGUUGAAUGCUUUCACACCUCAGAGAUCUUUAGAAGAAUUUCAAGAUGUAUAUCUAGUCAUGGAAUUGAUGGAUGCCAACUUGUGCCAAGUUAUACAAAUGGAUCUUGAUCAUGAAAGAAUGUCAUAUCUGCUUUAUCAAAUGCUUUGUGGUAUAAAACAUUUACAUUCUGCUGGAAUAAUACACAGGGAUCUGAAGCCCUCCAAUAUUGUAGUGAAAUCUGACUGUACAUUGAAGAUAUUGGACUUUGGUUUAGCAAGAACGGCGGGUACCGGCUUUAUGAUGACACCUUAUGUUGUUACAAGAUACUAUCGUGCACCAGAAGUCAUUCUUGGUAUGGGAUAUAAAGAAAAUGUGGAUAUCUGGUCGGUGGGCUGUAUCAUGGCAGAGUUAAUACGAGGGGGUGUCAUGUUUCCAGGAAGUGAUCACAUAGACCAGUGGAAUAAAAUCAUAGAACAACUAGGAACACCUUCACAGGAAUUUAUGAAACGUUUACAACCAACAGUAAGAAACUAUGUGGAAAAUAGACCAAAAUAUGCCGGCUAUAAUUUCGAAAAAUUGUUCCCUGAUGUGUUAUUUCCUCCAGACAGUACGGAACAUCAAGGAUUAAGAUCUACAUUUUCACGGGACUUGUUGUCUAAAAUGCUUGUGAUAGACCCUGAUAAAAGAAUAUCUGUUGAUGAUGCAUUAAUGCAUCCAUAUAUAAAUGUAUGGUAUGAUGAAUCGGAAGUUAACGGGGCUGCACCGGGUGCCUACAACCAUGCUGUAGAUGAGAAGGAGCAUACAGUGGAACAGUGGAAGGAAUUGAUCUACAAUGAGGUAAUGGAGAAUGAAAGUAGAGGUUACCAGAAUGCAGCUAUGCAAAACCAUACUGUACCGGAAGGUGCAGGAAACAACGAGGCCAUGAUGGACGGAAUCGCUAGCGCAUCAAAAAGAUAACCAUUCACUUCAAGUCUAGAUUGUAUUUGACCAUUUACCAUAUGCUUGGACGCUCUUUUCCAUAAUUUGGACAAUUAUUCAAAUACGUUUGGAGUAAUCUUCCAGACUUGCUGCAUUUCCUUGGAAAUCUGUUUUACAUGAUGGCGAUGUCAUGCAAACUGAGGGCAUAUUUUCAUUCAGGACAAGACCUGAUAUUAAAAAAAAAGUGAAUAGUUUUGUAUUGUGAUCUAUUUUGAUGUUACUGAAAGUUUAAAGAACUUUGAUACGUGUACACUAUAUGCAGUUUGUUACGGAGAGUUUUAAAUGUUAUAUGUGAGCCAUAUUGUGUUACACAUUAAGUGUAAGUUUAAACAUGACAGUUCAAUAAUGUCCGAGCCGUAAAUGGCCGAUAUAAUUGGAUGUCCCGUUCUAAGUUACGUAUCAUCAUACUGGUUAUAUCAUGUAUAUUCUUUUAUUUAUGUUGUUUUAUACUGUAUUAUACUGGUCUAGAAAUACAAUAACUUUAUAACUGUUAAUAGUGUCCUGCAUGGCAACAGAAAUUAUGAUUUUAAUGUUAUAUUGAAGCUUAUUAAAGAUUUUCUAAUGGUUUUAUGUCAAUAAUUAAUUAUCUGUGUUAUUUGAAUCAACUUCAGUCUAUUUAUUCUGUUUUAAUCAACUUUGAUACAGGUUUUAAAGGUUAUAUUUAGUUUAAAACACAAUAUUUUGAUGCCUUUAUAUGUAAAGAUGGGUGUAAUGUUGUCAUGUAUUUAACAGGGUGAUCUUAAGAUAACACCUCAAUAUUGUACAUAGGAAAGACAGACUUUAGAAUAGCUCUGUUUGUAAAAUACUCAUAUAAUGUAUUUCCAUUUUGUACAUGCAUGUAUAAAGUCAUGUAAAUUGUUUUAAUAUAUGUUUUUAGAUUUUAAAAUUUUAAUAUUUAAGUCCAUUAAAUAUGAAGAUAGAUUAAGAUAUUUUAAUCUCUGGGCUAUUUUACUAUUUACUAAGUAUCUGGUGUACACAAUAGUUCCAAAAUAUUGACAGUAUUCAUAGAUGGUUAAUUUUUGCCUGAGCUUUUUUAUCUAAUUACAGCAUAUAUUGUAAUGUUAAUAUCAGAUUUGUGUCGAUAAUUAACAGUAAAUUACUUUCUCAAUAAGAAGGGGAAAAAUUGAAAUAGGAUUGAAGGAAUAAUAAAAUUUCAUGAAUUUCACUCUCUCAGUAAACUUGUUCAGCAAUCAUUGGCUUAUAGCUUACCUGUGAAAGGAGAAUUUAAAUCAUAAAGUUAUGAGGGUUAAUAUAUCUGCUGUCAACAUUUAACUGAUAGCUUCAAUUCUUUCACUAACAGGAGACUUGCAGAAAAGACCAGUAGUUUCUGUUUAUAUGUUAUCAUAGAAAAGACAAUAAAAUAAGAAACAAGUUUCAACACUAUCUGUUGACAGGCAGAUAUUAAGAGUUGAAAGGUUUUUGAUUAACAGUAGAUAUUUGUUAGAAGAGAUUGAGUAAAGAAUAAGUAUUUAUCAUGUUGCCAGGGAGUUUUAUCAGUUCAUGUUGUAUCAUAAACACAUUCCUUAUUGAAACCUGUCAUGCAAUGUAUAUGUAUAUAGUUUGUGCUUUCUGUUAUUUAUAACAGACUUUAGAAUGGUUAACAUAGUUAACAAUAACAUUUAACUGUAACAUCUGGAAUAGGAACACAUUUGAUUUGCUGAAUAUUACACUUUUUGCUCUCUUUUUUUUAUCAAUAAAUACAAAAUGCUUUUUUUUCUUCAAAGAAAUAAGAAAUUUUAUUGAUGUAGCAAAAGUGUAAAAAGAUCUGUUACUUGUUUGUAUAUUUUAUGCUUGAUUAAGAGCCCGGCUUUGUUUUAAGGCUAUGGCUUUAUUUUAAGGCUACAAUAUUUGAAAUAGAAUCUUAUAAAUCAGUGUGCUUUAUUUUUGUCUGAUACUUGAAAAUUUAUAUUCAUAUGAUAUUUUAUAUAAUUACAUUACAGCCAUGUCAUAUACAUUGCUUGACAAAGCUAUUUGUGAUAUUUCAUACAUCAUGUAUUGUUCUAAUUUAUCUAUAGUUGCUUUAACAUAAUACACUAGUUAUAUACAUUCUGUAAUUGUAUCAAACUGGUUUACUGACUAUACUUCUUCACGUGUUAUGAAUAUAGUUAGGUAAUCAAUCUAUAAAUUAAUCUCUGUUAUGGGAUAAUUGCAAAUCAUUGCUCUGUAUCAAUGAAUCAGCUCCCCAGCUGUUUAAAAGGUCUCCAAACUCCAGUUCUUACAUUAUUUUUUAUCAUAUCUCACAAGUAUUAAAUCUUAAACACUGGUCAUCUUAUGUAUGUUCUCUUUUUUGGGGAGAACUUUGCUGUACUUGUUAACAUGAUAAUUCUUAUCCUGUAUCAAUUUUUAUGGAGGAAAAAGUUUCAAAGCAUUUGAAUUUUCUGUGGCUUUUCCAUUGCUUUACAAAUUAUGAUUGCCCAAAUGAACACCAAUCAUCACACAAAAAUGAGAUGAUAUUUUCAAUACAAGAAAGUAUAAUUUUAUAGGGAGACUAGUUUGAUAGUAAGAGAUGUAUGACUGUGUAUGCCAGAGUUGUCAUUUAUGCUCGUUUUUAUAUCUUAAUUGGCUUAAUUUGACAAAUUGGUGAUUGAAUAAGCUGUUAUUGACAUUUCUUGGUGCCUUCACAUUUUGUUGCAAUAUAUUAGCUGUACACUGCACCCACACUGUCUCUGUUUUAUAAUCAAUUGGUGUUCAUAGUUUAUUGUAUAGCAAAAUAUGAAAUUCACAUGUUAAUGUGUAAAAACAUAUAGAUUGCUAAUGAAUUUAUAAAACAUGUAUUUAUUAUGUUUUCCUUGAAUGUUUACAAUAUAAGAUAACUAUAUUAACAUCAAUGGACUUUAGUUUUUAAUUAUUAAAAGGUAUAAAGCUAUAUGUAAUGAAAUAUUCUUAAAAAAAUUAUGAAUUUUAAAUUUUCAAAUUUGGAUUGUUUCUGUAAUCUUGUGGCCGAUUCCUUAAAUAUUAUAACAUAGAUUGUCUUUUAUAUAAAAAACACACAUGAAUAUUGUACAUAAACAGAAUAAAAUGGUAUAGCUGCUAUUUUAAAUAGGGAUUUAACUGUUUGUUCAGCAGUGAUAUUUUGCAUGCACCAUUUGCUUUUAAAGAAAUAUACAUAUUACAUAUUUCAUUCAUACAGGUAUUUUGGAAUUAACCUUAUUCAAAAUUGAAACAAUAAGGCAGCAAUAUAUAGCUUUAUACACUUUAUAACUACAAUAAUUGUAAUUAUCAAAUGAACAUAGAAUACACUGAUGAUAAGUUGUUGUUGCACAGUUAACUAUUUCAUUAUUAUAUCAUAUACUGGUAUUUAUAAAUAAACUCUAUCUACUGAACAUGCACAAAUGAUAUCUUGUCUUAUAGUAAUUCCUGUAAGAAUAGAUAUUCCUGUAAACCGCCCCUUUCUUGUACAUCUUUAUAUUGUGUAAUAUAAAUUAUCAAAUACAAUGUAUAGAGUUAUUACCACAGAAAAUUGUAAAAAUUAAAAAUUUAGCAAGAUAGAGUGUCAUGUUAAAUAUCAUGACUUCAUGUUGACAGUCAAGGUCACACAUUGGGGUCAAUGAUUUAAUUAACAGUCAAGGUCACACAUUAGGUCAAUAAUUUGAUUAACAGUCAAGGUCACACAUUGGGGUCAAUAAUUUGAUUAACAGUCAAGGUCACAUAUUGGGGUCAAUAAUUUGAUUUACAGUCAAGGUCACACAUUGGGGUCAAUAAUUUGAUUAACAGUCAAGGUCACACAUUGGGGUCAAUAAUUUGAUUAACAGUCCAGGUCACACAUUGGGAUCAAUGAUUUGAUUAACAGUCAAGGUCACUUACUGGGGUCAAUGAUCUGAUUUCUCUAGACAUUACCAAACAUUAAGUCAAGCUAUUUUUCAAUUGUUGUAUUAGUAGAAUAUAUAGAUUUUGUGUUCAUGUCUUUCAUUAUAGGUUUUAAUUUUGUUUGCUCAUGUUUUGUUGAUUUUGCACACAAUACUAUACAAAACCAUGUCAAGUCUGAGUUAAUAUAAAUGCUGCAAGUUGUUUUAUGUUGACUUACAAUUUGUUCUCUGUCUCUGUUUUGUCUUUACAAACUUUUCUGUCAGGAGAAUCUGCUAAAAACUGUUGUUAAAGUGUAUCAAAUAAUAUGGUUAAAAUACUCUACAUUUUAACGAGAUAUGAAGUAAAAUUACUAACCAGAGUUUCAUCACAAGAGGUCAUUCCGACUGACCAGCUUCUGUGGCUACUUGAUUUUAAUAUUUUGUUAAAUUGGAAUACCUUUGAUUUAAAUGGACUGGUUCAAAUUUAAAACAGGGCAAUUUCAAUGCACACAUUAAGGGAUGUAAAAGCUUUGACUCACAAACUUGUUUUUUGUUAAGAUUCUUGUUGUCAGUUUUUGUUUUCUCUUUGUUUCUGUAUGUAUCUUGUUGUUUUUGGUUGUUUUUAGGAGGUUGUGAGUCAUCAAAUGACAUAAAUGGCUAUCAACAUAAAGUUUUCUAUUAACUGUAAUACUAGAAAAUGACACAAAACUUAACCAAGCUACCAAUCAUCAGUAUUUUAAUGGUGAAUAAUGUGCUUAUAUCAUUUGAUUUACCUUGAAAGAUAAUUUGGGUAUCAGUAAAAAGACAAACAAAUUUUUUAAUGAAUAGGAUUAUGGCAAAACUUUUUAAGUGUGUGAAUUGAUACUGGUUGAUAGGAAACAUUGUGUAUGACAAGAUCAAAUGUGCAUGUGUACAUGUUUUAUAUAUGUAGAUGUGAUGUGUAAAUUACAUACCUUAUAUUCAAGGUAUGCCAUGGAAACACAAAAUAUGAAAAUAAAACAUUUGUAGAGCAA